CUCUGGACUCCCCUUCGCUCCUUCCUCCUCCCGCGAGGCGGGAGGGACCGGAGAGACACAGGCACACACAGAGAUCCUUUCAGAUGACUGAAGCAGCAGCGGCUCCGGAUCAAGCUCUCGUCGCUUCCUUUCUGCAAAGUGGUGUUUUUUUGUUUUGGCGCGUGGAGAACCAACGGGGGAGGGCGAGGAAAAAGAAGUCCAGACAAGAGUUUCUAGGCCUGGGCAACUCGGAUUUGAGUUUUCCCUUUUUUAAAAAGGAGAAGGAGGAAGAAGGGAAAUCAGUCCGGAUCAGCGCUCGCUACGGAUCUGGAACCUCUAUUUGCUGCCUGCCUCUUUUAGGCACCCGGAGUUUGUUCGGCCAGCUCGGAUCCGAGUGCGCCCUGCUUUUGCAACUUGUACCUCCUGCGAGGCUGCCUUUUUCUAUUUCUAUUUUCUUUUUUUAAAUAGAGAAACCAUCUCGUCCUCCGCUACCACUUGCUCCCCUCCCCACGAGCCUCCCGGAGCGAUUCCCCACCCUAUCGGGGGACUAAGAUGCGCUUGUGGGGGCAGCCUUACCUGCGGGGAGCGACGGAGUCCGACCCCGGCAGCUCCAGAGUAUCCAGAGUGACUCUCCGAGACCAGAGGUGGCGAGGGCAGUGUAAUGGCUGAGAAGCGGCGCUUGGAGCCAGUCGGGGCCGUGAGUUACAGCAAGCACCCUCGGCUGGAGGUGGAGGGAGGCCACGUUCUCUCGUCGGGUUUGUGCAGGUCGAGCGCCCUGCCUGGCUACACCUCGGAAAACCAUUACAGCUACAAGGGAUCGUACUUUGCGUACCCGCUGCAAUGCCACGAAGGGUCCAAGUCUUUGUCUCCCUGGACUCCCGCCGAGACCCACGCCCAUUGCACGGGUGCCGCGGUCAGCCACCCCCCGAGGACAGACAAAGCCCUGUGCAUGCUGUACAGUCCGGAAGCAGAAAGUUUUGGGGCACGGGGGCAAAUUUCCGGGCACGAGAAGGCUGGCAGCAAGUGCAUGGCUGCUCAGGAGAAGCUGGCCAACUACAAGGGCCAUACAGGACUCGUUCAGCAGGCCUGGGUGCAUGGCUACCCGGCACAGCAUUCUCCUCGAACGGCGGCAGGUUUCUCGACUCUGGCAGUGCCCAAACCGGUUUACUGGAACCACAGUUACUGUGCUGAGACCGGCUGUGGCCCGAAAGGUUCCCUAGCCUUGGGGAUGCAGGUGGAGAGCAUGCCCAAGCAGCCGGCAGGAGCAGAAUGGGCUUUGCCAUCACCUGGACACCUGGUUCACAUGGAGAGGCCCGGUUGUGGCACGGCCGUGCCCCCCAAAUCGGUGGUUUCCGAAUCGGGUUACCUGCCAUCCCACCAAGGGUCCAAAGACACUUCUGCGAGUCCUGUCGGCUUUUCGCCGUUCCGCAAAGUGUUUGAGAAAUGCCAGGCCACAUACCACAGCCCGCCGAAUAUCCCCGAGGCUCGUGGCGGAAGUCCUCGCAAACAUGCGUGGUCAAAGCUACCUCCUGCUGCCAGCCCGCUGGCCAAUCCCCAGAACAUGAUGUAUCAAGAGAGGUCACCUGCAUGUUACCCGCUCACUUCCUACGCACUAACUUCACACGAACAGAUGCUGUUGUACCACCAGAGCUAUGUGCAGGCAGAGAAACCCAAUUCCCUCUUUGCUCUGCCAGCCUGCAAAGGCUUUGGCUCUCUGGGCCGCGAGGAACCCCAGCUUCUCCCAGGAUCUUACUUAACACCACGGAGUUAUUAUCCUAGUCACUUGGACAGCUAUAUCUACAGAACAGUUGGUCCUCCUCCUUCUCCGGCAACCCCGCCAAGCCACCAGCCUUUUCGGGAACAUGAACCCCAACCAAACGCGAGGACCAAAGCGGACUUGGUGCACGAGGCUCCCAUCUCCAGCUGCACCCUGUCGGAAAAGGCUUCGUAUUGUGGCUCUUUCUCCAGCAGAGAUGGCCUUCCGGAUUGUCGCGAGGGCGAUCACGUCGCCAAGCUAAGCAACGAGAACAUUCCGAGUCAAUGGGCAGCUCCUCAGCGCCAGCCUUUGCAGAUGCACCACCCUGCGGACAGAUUGCCCGGCUUCCUUAGUGGGUUUCGGUCCAUGCAAGAGGCUGCCUGCAGGGUGGGUCUGAGCCACUCGGAAGAGGCCAACGCUAAGGGAGAGGAGCUCUGUGAUGCGCCCAGAAGGUCCACUUUAACACCUGAAGCCAAGAAAAGGAACUUCUGGGCUUGCAAAACUGAAUCAGGGAAGUGCAUAGUUAUUUCGGACAGUCCAGUUGCGUCCCAUGACUCUUGCCUUAAAGGAGAUCCCCUCCAGAACGUCCUUGGGGAUUCCAGUUCCUCAUUCCAAAGUAUGCUGCAGCCAUCAGAGGACAAAGGGAGGGGUGCUAAAAGACCCGAGGAGCCCCUCCCCUCUUCCUCCCCUCCUAUGCCGGUCAUCAACAACGUCUUUAGCUUGGCACCUUACCAACGUUACCUGGCUGAUUCUGAGUCAGCGGAGAUUUCGCACUCUAAAAGCUGUCAAACCCAGGAGACUUCUCUUGGUAACUCAGGCAAAUGCAUGGAAGUUCAGAGCCCACCCCGGCCAGACCCUGUACGGUCAGGGGAAGUAUCUGGGGCACUGCUGCCCGGAAGGAAAGAAACAGCUUGUGAUGCAAUGGCAAAAGUUGCUAAAAGGGAGGCAAGCCGCGACUGUGCAGGGGUAGUGAGAGGGAGUGAAGAUUUUGCUGGGACUUGGGAGAGCUGCCGGGUUGAACGCUUGCCUCCCAGUGGGCCUGCGCCCAGUCAUCAGGCCCCGCCAGCUUGUAUAAAUGGCAGUGCUGGGGCCAGAGAAGACCACGCCCUGGAUCUCAGCUUUAAAACAGAAGGCUUGGCGGAAGUGCCCAGUCUUCAGAGGUCACCUGGGAAGAUGGAGGCUGUUGAAAGGGAAAGUUCAGAGAGCAAAGGGAAGGAGGCGGGCGAGACUUUGCCUAAGGGGCAGGAGAUUGUGCAGGAGGCUAAUGUGCAAACGGCAGAGUUGGCCGGGAAAAGCGGCACUGCGGGAAAGAGCAGCUUUCACAGCUCUUCGGCAUUCUUGUACAAAAAAUUCAAAAUCCAAAAAUCGCACGCAGCUGGGCGAGGUUGUGCAGUGCAACAAGACUCUUCCUCCUUGCAGCUGAGCUCCCAUGUGUUUGUUAAGGCCAGUGAUGUCUCUCUGCGAGAAGGCUCUGGACAAGCAACAGAUCUGCAAAGCAACCCACCAGUUCAACAAAGCCUCCCGCAAGCGGCGACUCGGCAAAACACGCCUCCGGUUCAGCAAAGCCUCCCCUAUGCAGCGACUCGGCAAAACACCCCUCCGGUUCAGCAAAGCCUCCAGCAAGCAGUGACCCAAGCCGAAACUCAACUCUUGCCACAGAAUUGCUUUAACAUUAAGCUGCUAGAUGCUUCAAAAGCUUCGCCUCCUAGCGCGUCUGCUGCGUCUCCUGCCCUGGGAGAGACCCGUGCCUCGCUUUCCACCAGCAGCGAAUCGCCCGGUCAGCAACAUUCCCCCAGGCAGCAUUUCACUGCCUUGCAUACUUCUAUCUGCGCCAUUAUUUCCUGCUCUGUGUCUACCUCUGCUCCAGAGCUGCUCAAGGAGUGGCUGGAGAAGACCAAGUCCAAAGGGGCUUGCCAAGAGAAGGCAGCAGGGUCGGCGAAGCACAAGAACGGCUCCAAGUUUUCUGAAGCUCCAAUGCCUUCCAAGGGCAAGGAGAUCUGGCUGGCUUUCAAGGACAUGGCACUGUUCCUUAACAAACUGCUGUCUCAGCUGGAGGCGAUCCUGUUUACUCGCAAGUGCCCCUUUCCUCACGUGAUCCGAGCGGGCACUAUCUUCAUCCCCAUCCACGUGGUGAAAGAGACCCUCUUCCCCAACCUGUCCAGCUCCUCUGUUGACCACGUGCUGCAGGACCACAGGGUGGAGCUACGACCCACAACCUUAACUGAGGAGAGGCUGCUGAGGGACCUGGAGCUAAAGAGCUGCACCUCCCGGAUGCUGAAGCUGCUGGCCUUGAAACAGCUGCCCGAUAUCUACCCAGAUCUCCUGAACCUCCACUGGCACGACUGCGUCAAGCAACAGCUUGGUGAUCUAGCGGAGGAGAGCCCAAAGAUCAACACUGAAGCUUUAUCACCAGACGACUUGAAGUCAACAGAUGCAGCCAGAUGUUUACAGGGUAUGACAGCCCAGUCUCUCACCCAAGACUUUGCAGGGAAGCAUAAGCAAGGCAAAAAAUAUGGAUUGGAUUCUUGUUUGCCGUCCAAGACCUGCCAACAAGUAGAUGAUGAUAUGUCUCAGGGACCUUCCUCACCUUCUAUCCGAAGGGACGCUGCCUUAAAGGGAGCAAAGUUGCAGCCUGAGAAAGACUCUGCCUCUGUGGCCUUGAGGACCAAAGGACUGCCGCUUCACUCUAAGGCUGCAGAGCGGCUUUUGCCAGCCCUUAAACUCCCCGGGGCUCUUAAGGUGAAGCUGGCCAAUUCGGAUGCCAGGAAAACAGCCAGUACCUCAAAGGGUCUCCACCACCGUCAGAAAUCUAUGGUCCACAUAAAAUUCCAGAACGCCCUUCGAGAUAUUCAGGGGCCACCGGCCCACACAGCUGCAGGGAAGAAGAGGGGGAAGCCAUCUUCACGGCUCCUGAAGAGGUUCAAGCGCCGGGCGCCAGGUGGGGCAAGGGCCUCCGCCUUGCCCCCUCAGUAUCCGGAACUGGUUGGCAAGCGGAUCAGGCACUUGUACGAGGAGAAGGACAAGACGGAAGCAUGGUAUCCAGGAGUGGUGCUGCGGGUUCACAAACGCCACAAGAACCCUCUGAAGACCGUUUACGAGGUGCAAUACGACAGUGAGCCAGAGUGGCAAUAUUACCUCGAGAUUUUGCAGGACUAUAAGAAAGGCUGGCUGGAGGUGGAUGAGUGAGUGAGUGAGUGAGUGUGUGUGUGUGUCUGUUUGGUGUGGGUGAGGAGAGUGAGAUAAUGUCAAAAUGGGUCAUCCUGCAGGCAGAUUGGAACCCCAUUAGCAAGCUGCCUGAAAACAUAGCUAUGUUCCAUGGUCCUAGGCAUCUCCCACCCCUAAUCUCCAUGCAUUUUGGAGAGGCUGAUGAGGACUCUCUCCAGAUGUUCCUCUGGUGGUGUGGAGCCUGCCAAAUGUCACAUGUCUUCAGGAAACCUUGGCAUAUUGCGGUAGUUUGUGGUGGCAGCCAUGUCAAAGGAGGAACAUGGGAACAGGACCCAGAGUUCACAAGAUGGCUUCUGUGCUCUUCCUCCCACCACCAAAGCACACUGCGCUUGCUGCUGAGUGAGGCAGCUGGCUACUGGUCUUU